AUUUGGGUUUUAUUUGUUUUCAUCACUAAAUGAAUGGAUAAUACAGCGAUUGUGUGUCACAUCUGCAGUGAUAUAUCUUGGAUGACAUGAAUUGACCACAAGAUAUGCAAACGACGGUCACAUUGAAUGGUGUCAUUCAUAAGCUUUAAUUGGUAUCCAUUUGUCACAUAAAUUGCAAAUCAAUUCAUUUGAAUAGAGUUUGGGCCCAAAGAGUGUCCAAUAAAUGGAGGAAAAGGAGGAGAAAGACAUAAUUGUCUUGAAAUACAAACGCGGAAGAGAUCAAUUGUCGGCCAAAGAGAUCGAUGAGUGGGAGGACCCGCAGUACGAGAUCUAUCACGUGACCGAUCGCUACGGAUUCAUUCAUGAUAAUCGUUUGCCAGAAAAGCUGUCAGACUUUGAGAAUAAAAUCAGAGCUCAAGAGAACACACGGCUCUCGAAAUGGCUAAAGAUGUUGAAGUCUUGGGAACAAUACUUCCCUAAUUCGGAUAAAUUAAGGACAAGAGUUUAUAAAGGCAUUCCCAACGCAGUCCGGGGCGAAGUGUGGGCACGACUUCUCAAUAUAAGUCGACUCAAACAGGAACAGGACGGAAAAUACAAUGAAAUGCUUGAAUAUGGGUUAGACCACUCACCAGAUAUCAGACAAAUUGAUUUGGAUGUUAACCGCACCUAUAGAAACCAUAUUAUGUUUAGAGAGAGAUAUAAUACUAAACAACAAAUGCUGUUUAAAGUCUUAGUCGCUUAUAGUGUGUAUAAUUCGGAUGCCUUUUGGUCGCUGUCGGCCCUCAUGUCGGACGAUAAGCACGCUAUGCAUGACACUCUCCUGAGGAAAGGAAUGGAACAGUUGAUUGAGUUCUUGCAAAUCGAAUUAGAAAAGGAUUUCGGUUAUAGAGAUGACCAGGCUAUUACUGCUCUCCAACAGUCUGUACAAGACCUCAGGAAACACAAUAUGCUGUCCCCGAGGGAAGGGCCGACACAAUUAGAACUGCCGUCGCGUCCAUUCGGACUAAUACUACCUCCGGAUAGAAGGAACUCAUUCCUCAACGACAACCAAAGUAUUGCUGGCAGUAUUAUCUUAAGGCCAACAGAUUCUGUAUCUCUGGCGCAGACUUCCAGAACUGGUAGUGAAGUGGGAAGUGUUUCUGACUUUGACAACAAUGAACAAAGCAAACUUCAGCGCUCCAUUUCCAUCUACGAUAAUGUGGACAUUCAUGAGUGCAUUGAAGCGGCCAAACGGUUGAGUGCUGUCGACUCACCACAACACAGACCCAGGAGUAGGGAAAGCAGAACACUGUCCGCUCACUCACAAGAAGUGGAAACACAUUCACAAACAGAUGUCAAGAGUGAUGUCAAGAGUGAUGUCAAGGAAAUCACUGAAAAGAAUGAGAGGAUACUCCUGCCGGAUGUUUGCGCCGUGACUCUUCUCUGUUGGUUACCCAAACCAAUCCCCCACAUCUCCAACCAAACCGACAAUAAUAGUUCGCAAAUCAAAAGUUCAUUCAUUAAACAGAAGUCUUCGAGUGAGGAGUCGACUAAACUGAGGAUUUUUGUGCCAUUCAGUCAUUCAGACCAACAAAAUGACAAUAAAAUCCAAUUAAGAGUCGAUUCGCCGACUUUGCAACUGAAGACAACGGAAGCCAAACGCUUACCGGUUGUCGACACGUAA